ACAUCAAUUUCAUUCCGGCGAAUCAAACUUAAGUUAAGGGUCUAUUAAGAUGACAUGUUUGGGAGAAGAGCCAAAGUUCCAAAAGUUCCCUUCUCAUUUUCUCGUUUAUUUUUUUUUGCCAAAUAUGCAGAUUAGAGAAAGACAUUUCCACGUCAUCCCGGUGUAGUGAUUUUAGUUCUUUGAGUUGAGGGGGAGCUCUCUCCACCUAUCAUUCAGAUUCUGUCACGAUGGGGAGCCAAAGCAGAGCUAUUAUCAUCAGUACCUCCAAAUUUCCGCCUCAAGCUCUCUUCUUCUUCCUCCUCCUCCUCUCCCCCGAAAAUCCCGAUCCCCCGCCGCCGCCGGUUCACUCUCUCGCCGGAGAACCGAGUCAUUUCGUGACCCAGAGAGAAUGUCCCUUUCUCUCUCCUCCUCCAAUGCCCUCAGCUUUCAGAACCAGCCCAUCAGAAGAACACCCAAUUAUUCAAGAACCACCCCUCUCUGCCCCCACUUCAUCAGCCGGCAGCUUCAGGUGAGCUUGCCCUCCAACGAGUUCCCCAUUUCACAUGUAAAGCCGGGUGCUUUCUUCAAGCUUAGACAAGAAAGGCUCGACCCGGUUACAGCUUCGUCGGCCGCUGUCGAACCCGACACCGCCCCUGCUGCUGCUCCUGCUCCUUUCAGGAGCAAGAACCCUCAAGACAUUAACGUUCUGGUGGUGGGCUCCACCGGGUACAUCGGGAAGUUCGUGGUGAAGGAGCUGGUGAAGAGGGGUUUCAAUGUCAUAGCGGUUGCCAGGGAGAGGAGUGGCAUUAGGGGCAAGAAGAGCAAGGAUGAGACGCUGAAUGAGUUGAAAGGGGCCAAUGUGUGCUUCUCUGAUGUGACAAGUUUGGAUCUUUUGGAGAAGUCCGUGGAGAGCCUCGGGUCCCGGAUCGAUGUCGUGGUUUCCUGCCUCGCCAGCAGGUCGGGCGGGGUGAAAGAUUCUUGGAAGAUCGACUACGAGGCGACGAAGAACAGUCUCAUGGCGGGGAGGAACUACGGGGCCUUGCACUUUGUGUUGCUCUCUGCGAUUUGUGUUCAGAAGCCGCUUCUUGAAUUUCAGCGGGCCAAGCUGAAGUUCGAGGCGGAAUUGAUAGAGGAAGCAGAGAAGGAUAAGGGGUUUACUUACAGUAUCGUGAGGCCGACGGCGUUCUUCAAGAGCCUUGGAGGACAGGUUGACUUGGUGAAGGAGGGGAAGCCUUAUGUGAUGUUCGGGGAUGGGAAGCUCUGCGCUUGCAAGCCCAUAAGCGAGCCCGACCUGGCUUCUUUCAUUGCUGAUUGUGUUCUGAGCGAAGAUAAGAUCAACAAGGUCUUGCCAAUCGGUGGGCCCGGGAAAGCCCUGACUCCGCUCGAGCAAGGGGAAAUGCUGUUCAGACUACUGGGAAAGAAGCCCAAGUUCUUGAAAGUGCCGAUCGAGAUCAUGGACUUUGCAAUCGGGGUGCUCGAUUUCUUGGUCAAGAUCUUCCCGUCGCUGGAGGAUGCAGCUGAGUUUGGGAAGAUAGGGAGAUAUUAUGCAGCUGAGAGUAUGCUGUUAUUGGAUCCCGAGACUGGGGACUACAGCGCCAAGAAGACGCCAAGCUAUGGGAAGGACACAUUAGAGGAGUUCUUCGAGCGGGUGAUCAGGGAAGGGAUGACAGGUCAGGAAUUAGGGGAGCAAACUAUCUUUUGAUUGCUGGAAAUUUCGCCGGUGGAAUAUCCUUUUUGUAAACUGAUUCAUGCUUCGGGACACAGUUUCAAUCCGGUUCUGAAAUGAAGCUGUUUUACAUAAAAAUUGUAGUGAGGAUAUGUUCAUAGAGAUAUUUACUGACCAUAAUAUUUGAAAACAUGUUCUUGUCCAUGAUCUCAUGAGCUUUCUCAGUGCUA